AUGUUUCUAGAAGAUCUUCAUAAAAAAACAGUGGCACUAAUGUUCAUCAAUGACUCUAGAACAUUAGAAAAAGCAAUUAAUGUGAUAAGGAAAGUUGAGGCUAGUAAUUACUAUAAGAAUAGAAAAAAUGAAGAUAAACCUACUUUCAAACUUCUAAAUGACCUAACUCAAAGAAUGCACCAGAUGGCUAUCAACUAUGAAAAACUGACUACCACCUUAGCAGCCAAAGAUGAAAAAUUAAGAAAAAGAGUUGCUCAAGAACAAGAUCCAGGAACCCAUCAAGCUCAACUUACACCUAUGAAGAUAGUCUCUCAAGAACAGACACAAGCCCCAGUACAGCCCCAAUUAAUAAAUACAGAAGAAUUAAAUUCUGUGGAUAAUCAAACUAGUAAAAGGUCAACUGUUGCGAAAUGCUAUAUAAGGAUAUAUAAUAACCCAAUUCUAGUCAUUCUAGAUUCUAGGGUGGCUGUAAGUAUUAUCUCUAAAAUACUAGCAGCAAAGUUGGGACUUAAGAUCACCAAACUAUUCAAUAUGGUCAUUACUGUUGCUAAUACAAUUGAAAGUGUUAUAAUACCUACAAAUUUUCAAGUCCUCGAAAAUCUAGAAGAGGUAAUGCUUUUGGAGAUGGAUUGGUUUCAAAAAGCCAAGGAGGACUACUCUGAAGACCCUCAAGAGACCUAUAGUAAUGAUGAAGGUACAAAUGAAAAUAUUGAGACUUAUUUGUCUCCUAAAGACAUUAUAGAAAAAUUAGUGCCAACAAAGAUGCUAAACAAUAAACAAAAAGAAAAAGCAAUACCUCUUUUAAACAAAUUCGAUAAAUUGUUCACCACUAGACUAGACCAAUUGGCAGCUGAUAUGGAAAAUAUCAGUAAAGUAAAUAGUAAAGAGGCAGAAGUGUUUCAAGCUAUAGCAGAAGAAUACUUAUCUGAAGAAUCUGAGGAGGAAUCUGACUGGAAAAGUUGGACCACUGAAUACCUUAUUGAUUUCCCAAAAUUGACUGAUGAUGAGUUGGAAUUCAAAGACAGUGAACAUAAAAUAUAUGACUCAGGUUAUGCUCAUAACUUUCAACUGGGCCAUA